ACAUCACUGAUCAGAAGAGGUGCGGCGCUUCAACUUCAAAUAGGUGUCAAAACAGUGUCACUCACCAUCUAGCCCCUGCAAGAGGAUUUGCAGUGACAGACUUGGACAUUUUCAUUUCUUUCCAGAGUUAAAACAUUUACUUUUGGUUUGCACUGAGGAUAUACAGGAAGAGGUAACCGCAGAUUUCACUUUUGCGCUCAGAUUGUUCUUCCCGUCGCUCUCAGCAUGGCUUCAACAACCUGCACCAGGUUUACCGACGAAUAUCAGCUGUAUGAAGAACUGGGAAAAGGAGCCUUUUCUGUGGUGAGAAGAUGUAUGAAAAUCUCUACUGGUCAGGAAUAUGCAGCCAAAAUCAUCAACACCAAAAAGCUGUCUGCCAGAGAUCACCAAAAACUGGAACGAGAGGCCCGAAUUUGUCGUCUGCUCAAGCAUCCCAACAUUGUGAGGCUCCAUGACAGCAUAUCAGAGGAGGGUGUUCACUACCUCGUCUUUGAUUUAGUCACAGGAGGGGAGCUGUUUGAAGAUAUUGUUGCCAGAGAGUACUACAGUGAGGCUGAUGCCAGUCAUUGCAUACAGCAGAUUCUAGAGAGUGUUAAUCAUUGUCACCUAAAUGGCAUUGUACAUCGAGACUUGAAGCCAGAGAAUCUUCUCUUGGCCAGCAAACUGAAGGGCGCCGCAGUGAAACUUGCUGAUUUUGGGCUGGCUAUCGAGGUGCAGGGAGACCAACAAGCAUGGUUUGGGUUCGCUGGAACUCCAGGUUAUCUGUCUCCUGAGGUGUUGAGGAAGGAGCCUUAUGGAAAACCAGUGGACAUGUGGGCAUGUGGUGUAAUUCUGUAUAUCCUUCUUGUGGGUUACCCUCCUUUCUGGGAUGAAGACCAACAUCGACUUUACCAACAGAUCAAAGCCGGUGCAUAUGAUUUUCCCUCUCCUGAGUGGGACACAGUGACACCAGAGGCCAAAGAUCUGAUCAACAAAAUGCUGACUAUAAACCCUGCCAAACGCAUUACAGCAGCUGAGGCCCUCAAACACCCUUGGAUCUGUCAACGUUCCACAGUGGCAUCCAUGAUGCACAGACAGGAGACAGUGGAAUGCCUGAAGAAAUUCAAUGCCAGGAGGAAGCUUAAAGGGGCUAUCCUUACUACAAUGCUUGCUACACGGAACUUCUCAAGCAAGAAUCCAUACAAGAAGCCUGAUGGUGUUAAGAUCAACAACAAAACCAACGUAAUCACCAGCCCAAAAGAACCUGCCCCCUCUCCUGCUCUGGAGCCUCAAACUACUGUUAUCCACAAUCCCACUGAUGGAAACAAGGAAUCAUCAGAGAGUGCCAACACCACUAUUGAAGAUGAAGACAUUAAAGUAUACCGUCUGUCUACCGCUUCUCCUAGACUGUACACGCGCGAACAAUCUUAUUCCCAGCAGUCUUGUUCUUCCACUUCCUCCUCUGUCUCAUCCUGCUGGUACCUCCCAAACAUGUGGCCUGAAGAAGUUUGCUGUAACCGCAUUCUUAAAGCCCUCCUGGCACUCUACCUGCUUGUUUUCCUAUUUGCCUUUUUGGCCUUCCUCUAUGUCAACUCAACAGCUGAUUGUGGCCAGAGCAUUAAUCCCAAGGCUGCUCCCAAACGGCCUCAGCUAAUCCAGAGCCACAUCACCAUUCAGUCACGGAAACAGGAGAUAAUUAAGGUCACAGAGCUGCUGAUCGAAGCCAUUAAUAAUGGUGAUUUUGAAGCGUACACAAAGAUUUGUGACCCUGGACUAACAUCUUUUGAACCUGAAGCUUUGGGAAACCUAGUGGAGGGGACAGAUUUCCACAGGUUCUACUUUGAAAACUCUCUCUCCAAAGGUCACAAACCUAUCCACACCAUCUUGCUGAACCCUCAUGUACACCUGAUCGGUGAGGAUGCUGCAUGCAUCGCUUAUAUAAGGCUCACCCAAUACAUGGAUGUCAACAAUAUGCCUCGCACCAUGCAGUCUGAAGAAACCCGUGUCUGGCACCGCCGUGACGGCAAAUGGCAGAACAUCCACUUCCACCGGUCUGGCUCACCAAGUGUGCCCACCAAGUGAGUUAAUAAGGUCUCCAGAGCACAGCCUUUCUUGUCAACUGAGCUUCAACAAGUGUCUGGCCCAACUCAAUCAUGAUCUUCAUAGUUUGCUCUACUGUAUCAGAGUCUUGUUUACAUUUACUGUUGGACUAACAGAAUAUAGAAGAUCGGAGAAUCAUUUCAGAUCAGGAUGUGGUGUGUUUGUAUGUGAGUACAUUUACAUGUUUUGAGUAUGCUGUGUACACACUAUACUCAUUUAUGUGAAAAGCAUGUUCUUGCUUAGUACUUCAAUCUUUUUUAAAGGGUUACAUUUUUGUAUAACAAAAUAUAUGGAGCCAUUUGUUAGUAAUCUGUGGUGUUUGGGUACAGGGGUACUGUAUAUCAAAAAUAAAAUAAUUAAUCAAGGUUUUUUAACAAUUGAAUUUGUCAUUACAAUUUUAAUGACAGGUCCAAAAUGUGCUUAUUUCUUAAAAUAACGAAUAUGAGCUUGCUUAUGGUUUUCAGUGAUGUACAUUUUGUGAAGUUAUGUGAAGUGCUAUAUCUGCUUUACACUUUGGAGUAUUAAUAGUUUAUCAUUAGCACACAUAGAAAGCAUUGUGCUAUUUUCUUGGAUAAUCCAAAAAUCUGAGAAGGGAAAAGGUUUAGAGUUUUAUUUUAUUUUUUUGCUCAUGAAUUGUCAUACAGGUAUCAUACAUCUGAAUAUAUGAAGAAGAAAAAAAAAAAGAAUGUAACAACUCAUAUUUCACUAUAUGCUCAGAUGAUCAUUCUGUAAAAAACGCAAAUGACUAGCAAAGCCAGAUAAGUUUUUCCUUGCUUUUCAAUGAAUUGUGUGAAAUUUAGUUUUGUUGUGGUAACUUAAUUGUGUACAUUUUCACAUGUGUCUGCUUCUCAAAGUAAUUUGUGGUACUCCUUGAUGAAAAUAUAACAGGUUGCAGUCUCAUUUUUAUCUUUUAUGAAUAAUGCAUGACUUUUCACUCUUGGUCAACUCGCAUAAGGAUCCAAACCUUUCUCCCCAUUUCUUAUAUUAGUCUCUGUCUUGACAGACAAACCUCGACUGAAGAUGGGUAAUGGUCAAGUAGAAUAAAUGCAUCAAAGUCAAGUGUCUGUACACAUAAUUCACUACACACAAUAACUCACACAAAACAAUGUCUGUCAACAUGGUAAUGCCACAAUACAGUCAGAUUGUUUGUCAGAUGCUACAGUACAACAUUAUAGAAUAAGGAUAUUACCAGAGGACUUGAUAUAGAUUUCUAAAUACAUAAAAUGUCUAAUAAAAUGUUUGACUUCUGCAAAAUACUUGUAUUGAGAUUAUUUUGAUUUUAUGCUUGUCAAAAAUGUAUUUGAUCUUUAUUAAACAAACUGAGCUUUGUGGAGGAA